AUGGUAAUAAGGAUAGCGCCAUCUUCUCUUCCUUCUCCUCCAUCUCCACCGGUGCCAGUCCCGGCGUCUGAAGAGAAGGACUCGAAGCGGCCGCGGAUGAGGACAGAGCGGACGGAGACGAUGAGGUCGUGGUUGAGGCGGUGCUCGCUAUCCCCGUGGCGAGCGUGGAGGCGCGGGCAGGGGCGCGACGGGCGGGAGCGGGGGCAGUGCGAAGCCGGCGCGUGGGCUGAGGCGGAGCUGGCGCGGCAGAGGCGGCGCGUGCUGGGGGUGGGGCGACUGGGCGCAGCGCGCGGGCGCGGUGACGGCGGACGGCGCGGGAUCGAUCGCGCGAUGCCGCGACGAGGCGGGGGGCAGAGGUCGAGCAGGCGUGGCGGUGAGCGGGGCCACGGGCGGGGGCGCGGGCAGCCGGGCCCAACGUGGCGGCGAGAGGAGCGGGAGAGGAGAGGGAGAGAGAAGGAGAGGAGAGGGUGCGGCCAGCACGAGGGGAGAAGAGGGAGAUGA